AUAAAUCUAAGUGAGGUCGUUAUGUUAUGUGCCGCCUGGAGUGAAGCGCAGCCUGUUUUCGAUGUUUACAAAACACGACCAACCGCAACGGCAGAAGAUAACACGCUCACGAAACGUCAUCGAUAAGCAAAUCGAUCCCUUGCCACCUGGACUUGAAAAAAAAACGACAUUUUUCUUCAAUAUAGUGUAAGCUUUGAUGGCCUACUUGGAACGCGUAUAUGUCAGUUACGCACUGCAGCUCCGGAAAUAGUCAGAAGUUAUUAACUGCUGUUGUGUACGGUACAGUUGUUUAAACGUCCAGUUGCUUAAUCUGGUUCAGUGAUUUACGAGGAUUGAGUGUUUUGUCUGUAACAUUAAUGACAGUUGAGCGUUUGCUUUAUACAUUGUGUGGUAUGUUCGAAAAGUGGCACUUCGUACACUUGAAGCACGUACCGUCUAUGGUGAAGGAGCUCACUCGGUAAAUUUGCUGUUUCGUUGACAAAACCCUGUGUUUGCUCAGAGGAACGGAUCGUGCAGGUUUAGCAGCGGUCAAUGCGAAAAAUAUGCGCAGCGGCUCACGUUAGUUUCUCUGUCUCGUGUGUUGACACGUCAUUUGUCAUCUAGUAGGUGAGCAGUUGGUCGCUUGAAGGACGCCAGUAAUCGAAAAACAGGAUUGAAUUUACACGACAACUGUAAUUGUUCCCUUGCGAGUACAAUUGAAGCUGUUAUCAUAGUUUUACAACAGCGUUGUUCAAGUCAUGUGCGCAUGUGUCUUAUGAUAAUUCAGCAACUGUAUUAGUUAUGCGUAUAAUUACAACUUCGUUUGGGCUAGUUUGAUACAAAACUGCAUGCGUUCAGUUAUGGGAUAUAGAUUCUGAUAAUCUUCGUUCAUGCCAAUAAACAUGUACAACUUCAUGAAUAAUAAUAACGUAUGUAAUUAGUCACGACGCAGCUUCAUUUGAUUUGAUUGUACCAUGUAAAGACUAACAACUGAUAUUUAUUUAAUUGCGACGUGUUCUGUAUAAGAUUAAAUGUUUAUACAAACUCGGCAUGUGAUGUUGUAGUGACAGGUUUUAGAUAAUAAUAUCUCAGACACAAAUAUUGAUUAUUUAUUUGUUCGUCUGUAUUGCUUAUCCAUAUAAACUGUAACCUAUAUAAGCCUUGCAGGGGAAAGUAAUAGGUUAAAAUUAGGCGUUACAACACUGCAAUAAGAUGGCUGAAAUAUCAUCACGAACACAAGUCUACACAACUGGACCGGCUCAACCAGCUUGCCAAAACUCCAGCAGUCAGAAGCAGAACACAAAUACUUCCCCACUAGCAAGGAAGCCGGCUACUAUUCCUGUAGAACGAGAUGGAUUGACUGAUAAUCGAAAAAUGUUCAAACGAAGAGACACACCCUUGGAAUUAAACAUACCGCACAAAAAAGUUGUAUCGAACCGACCGAAAGUUUCGGAAUCUUUUAUGGAAGAAGAAGAAGAAGAAGAGGAAGAGACAAUAGAAUCAAAUUCGACUUAAAAUUUUAGACUUAGACUACCUUUAAAACUUGUCAUGUACGGUGCACCGCAUGCAGAAUGUUAAGCAAACGUAUCUUGUCAUUCUACUUCAAUGGUAUUUCAGCAAAAAAUGCGGGAAAUAUUGUUCUGUUUUUGCUGCUGACUCAUCUGGAGUAUUUUACUUGUACAAAAACUAAAAUCUUAAUUUUGCUUUUAAUGCUUGUUGUGUCGAUUGCUGAAAUAGUAGAGACGUCAAUGACACGGGAGAAGGCAAGAGCAUCUGUUUGAGGUGAUGAAACUUUCCAACGGCUCGUAUGAGAUGCUUCUUAUGUUUUCGUUACAAUUUCUUGGAAAUACCUUGGUUGUCAAACUUGUUUAAUUCUCGAGUCGAUAAUUUUCUGGGUCGUUGCGUAUUUGACGUAUUUGUAAUUGGGACUUCCUGAUUCUCACGCCACAGAUGUAGUGGAUUCCGGAAAUGUCAAUUUUAAAUUGGUUUGCUUAAAUCCACACACAUCUCAAUUGUCACGUAUUACAAUACUAUACUUAAACCUCAUGUCUAUUGAAUAGAUUGUGCUUAAAAAUCUGAAGCCUUCAUUAUCCAGGUGAUCGACUGAGCUGUAAGUUUUCCCAAAGAUUUUCCCAAGCUAAAUAGAAAAGUGGAAACGAGCGUUUAAUUCCAAUUUUUACAGACAAUACAAUGUUUAAGCGAGAUUGUACCUUACAUUGAACUAAUGGACUAACCGCGCAUAAUUAAUAUAAUCAUUCCCAAUGAAAUUGAACCCCAAAUAUGUAACCAGUUUUCUUCUUGCUCUAGCGACACCACUUCGGGGAUUUCCCUUUCAAGGCACCUUAGUAAAUAGAACCAACUUCAAUUGCUAGGCGUGAAAAAGUAGGACAAGUAAGAAAUAUUAUCUGUUGUUUGUUUGAAAUAAAAGAACAAUAUCAUGAAGAAAAGACAAUCGGCUUCAAUACAACUACUUACUGGCCGAAGUCGCGACAGUAAACCCGAAAGCAUCGCGUUUAUAUAUGGGGAAUUGAAUCCGUUAUCAUUAAGUCCGGACGCCAUAAGGAAAAUAAGACCAGAAACUUGCCCACUGCAUGCUGUUGUUGUUGCAGUUGCAUUACAGCAUCCACCGUUUUCAUAUGAGCGGAAAGUUGAACUCAUUGACUAUGGAUUCGAAAACCAAGGUGAAGAUGUCGAUUUUGUCAACAAAAAGAAUGUGUUGGGUAUGACUGCACUACACACUGCAGUGUCCGUAAACGUGCAGGACAUGGAAAUUUGUAAACUACUGAUUGAAAGAGGAGCGGAUGUGAACGCUGUGAAUAAUUAUGAUUAUAAUACUCUGUUCAUGGCUAUCGGUUCUUGUUCUCCACUUAAAAUCAUCCGGAUGCUUUUAGACAAUGGUGCUGAUCCAAACAUGUUGGCAAAAACUGACGAAGGUAAAAGUUGGUACGUUGCCCAGUUGGCUCUUAUUAUGAGUAAUGAAGAUUACCUGAAGAUCUUAGUGAAGUACGGUGCUAAUCUAAAGCUUCCUGUACCCAACAGAAGAAGUGCGCCAAUCAACUUUGCACAAACAGAAAGCAUGAGACGAUUGCUUGAAAGAUUAAGUCGAAAAAUUGAUCGAAAAGAAGAAUUGGCGAAUGCCAAAUGUGCAUUGUGUUCGGCCACCAAUUUAGGAAGUGUCAACUUAAAACGCUGCGGAAGAUGUUAUGUGACUUUUUAUUGUUCCAGAGAGCAUCAAGAAAAACAUUGGGCACGAAACCACUGGAAAAACUGCCCUGGUUACAUAGUAGUUGGCCAUGCUAUGCGUGAAAAAGCUGGAAUGAAAGUAACAAAGAAGAUCGAUAGGAAGUAUCUUCCAUUGAAGCCGCCUUUAACAAUGAAGGAUGCGUGGGCAUGUCUGCAGACCAAACUACAAGAUAUGGCCGGAAAAUAUUUUGUCUAUAAAGCCCUUGCUCCACCUGAAGAUGAAAUUACUUUCAUACUUUAUACAAACGAUGAUCAAUCUAUACAAUCAUGGCACUACCCGGAAGAAAAAGGUUUCUUCGAUCUGUGUCGAAUGAUUCGCGAUAGUGGGAGCAGGGAAGCUUUCUUCUGGGCAACACCAGAUGAUCCACAUCAAGGAACUUGUAAAAUAUUUACCGGAAGAUUUGCGCCAGUUCAUGACAAUUGGUAGAUUACCUUUUUACAACAAAUAGCUUCUACAGCAUUUCUUUUAUAUAAUGUUGCCGACAAAGUUCCUUUUUUUUAAAUUUUGCAUUUCAGUUUUGUUACUGAUAAACUUCUUGUAUGUGGUCAGCUAUACAUUGGCUACAGAUUCAACAUGGGUGGUAGUUUAGUUUGCAAUGAUGUGAUAUAUGUUGGUUAAUUGCUUUACACUUGAACCUAUUCACUCACUUGACUUAAUAAUUCAUUUAAGGUUUAUGAAAUUACUGAAUACACCUAUGUGUAUUAUAGUUGCUUCGCCGUAAGCAAAUUUAAUGAAACAAAUGAUUUAUAAGCAUUGAAACUGUUGUUUGAAUGUGUUGAUACAAAUGCUGUUGCUGUACAUUUAAAAUCAUGUCAAAUUUUCAAUGUAUGCGACAACAAGAACUUUACAUAACAAAAAAUACAUUGAUUUUUAUAAAGUUCCUGUGUCAUAUUAUCUCCUUUUCAUUACAAAACAGCAGAUUCAAAACAUUCAUUUUCUUUAG